UUCCUCGCAUUAAAUACUCUCUCUCUCUCUCUCCACGUUCUCUUUUCUACGUGUUUUUCCAACGAUUUUCUACAGCAAAAGGGUGCUGUCUUUCUCUCUGCCCUCACUCCUCUCUCCACUCUUUGGUAAAGUUGAGCUGUAAAGGAUAGACGCGAGAUCGGUUCUCAUUCACUAAUUUAUGAAAUUCCGUUUCACCGAUCAGUGAACCAAUUGGGGGAAAAGGUGUCGAGGUUUAUUCUUUGUUAUUGAAAUGGCGAACCGGAAGGAAGACGCGAAGAAUGAGAGAAUAAUAAGGAAUCUUCUGAAGCUUCCUGAGAACCGCCGGUGUAUUAACUGCAACAGCUUGGGCCCCCAAUAUGUAUGUACUAGCUUCUUGACAUUUGUCUGUACAACCUGCAGCGGGAUACAUCGGGAGUUCACGCACAGAGUGAAGUCAGUAUCUAUGGCUAAAUUUACUCCACAGGAAGUCAGUGCACUUCAAGGAGGUGGAAAUGCGAUUGGUAGAGAAAUUUAUUUGAAGGAAUGGGAUCCUCAGCGUAAUUCCCUCCCUGAUGGCAGCAAUAUAGUCAGACUACGUGAUUUCAUCAGGCAUGUCUAUGUGGACAGAAGAUAUACUGGUGAGAAGAAUGUGGAAAAACCUCCAAGGGCAUUUAUGGGAGAAACUGAUGAUUCCAAUGGCAACAGGAGGGUAGACAACUAUCAAGGUAGUCGGAGUCCUCCUUAUGAUGAUUCCUUCGAGCGUCGCUAUAGUGACAGGUCAAGUUCGGGUGGAAGAAGUCCAUCAUAUAAUCAAGAUAAUCAGCGAAGUGGUGAUUUUAGAAAAAGUCCUGCCCGAGAAGUAGUCAAUGAUUGGAGACGAGAGGAUAGAUUUGGAAAUGGCAGAAUGUCUGAAGAAGGCUCUAAGCUUGAAAUUAGGUCCCCUGAUCAUCAAAAGGAUUCAGACAUAUCAAGUCCUCCCGUGGUCCGUCCUGUUAGAGAUAUAUUAGGAGAUAGCGUAUCUCCACUUCGAGUUAUUGAACCUCCAAAAGCCACUGGUGGGAAGUCAAAUGAUGGUCGGCCACCUACACAGAGAACUGCAUCCUCCAGUAGCUUAGCAUCAUCAGAUGUGACUCCAUCUGAGAUAAAAGUGGAGGCUUCAUUUAUUGAUUUUGAUGCUGUUCCUGAACCACCUCCAACAGUUGCUGUCCAACAACCUAGCAGUAAUGACUGGGCAAAUUUUGAUUCUCUGCCCGAUGCCAAAACAAUGACUCCAGCUUCGAACUCUGUGGAAUCUCUACUUUCUGGGUUAUCAGUUCCAGCAUCCUCAUCUGGUCCCUAUCCCCCUCCAGGAACGUCUCCUUUCAGUUCCACCAAUAUACAGGACACCUUGUUUGGACCAUCCUUUGGAAAUACUGCUCCACCAUCUGUUACUCCCACUGGUGAUGCAUCUCUUUCAUCCUUUGCCUCUGUACCUGCAAAUGUUCCCACUGGAGGACAGUGGCCUACCAUUAAUCCUCAACAACAACCUCUGUUCCCUGGAAGUAUUCAACAGCCAGUUUCUGGAGGAUCUUCAGUCAACAAGUCAUGGAAUCCACUUAUGCAAAAUGCCUAUGGGCCUCCGCCUGGUGCUUCUAUUGCACAAGUGGGUCAAGCUGAAAUGGCUUCUGCUCCUGUCCCUGCUAUUGGAGCAUCUACAUCUGAUGGAAAACAUGUCGGAAGAAAUGCACUUCCUGAGGACUUAUUUUCGAUGAAUUACUCUUAUAGUCCAUCUCCAGUUCCAGGGUGGUAUCCAGGCGCCCCCUAUGUUGCUAGAGUCCCUAUGCAUUACUAUAAUCCCAUGGUUGUAGCAAAUCAGCAGUCAAUGCCAACAUCAACCAAUCCUUUUGAUGUUAGCGCACCUUCUCCAGUUCAAGCAUCAACAUUUCCUUCUAUGGCACCCUUACAAGGUGCUUUACCGAAAACUGCAACCUCGUCUGGGCUAUUGCAUACUCCGAAUUAUGGAGCCCCUCCAUAUGCUCCACAAAUACUUGCUCAAACGCCAUCAUAUGCACCGACAAAUCCUACAAAUUCGUUGAUGGGUAAUGAAAUAGCCGGUGGUAGCACCGCACCAAGGCCACAUGGAUUUCCUGGGUUCGGCUUUGAGGACCCCACUUUUACUUCUUUUAACCCGAAUCCUCAAGCAGCAGCUCAUCCUACUUCUGGGAACUUCAUUACCCCCAGUGUAAACCCAUUUGGCUGAAAUAAAGGUAAAACAGUUUUUUUCUAUUAAAAAAAGUACAGAGAAAAAUAGUACUCCUAAGAAAAAACCAGUUUUGUAAGAGCCCAUGUUGUUGCAUCCUUUCAACUUAUUGUAGAUUAAAUAGUGAAAGUGAAGUGUGCUGCGUUUAGACUUAAAUUUUUGUGAUCGGUGUAUAUCAACAUAAAUCUAUGCUAUCGGGGCCGUGUACAUUCCGACACAAGUAAUGUGUCUGUAGCAUAGUGAGUGGUGGCACCUGCGCUCCAGAGAUGUGUAAUCUAUAAGUUUAGUAUUUCUAGUGUUGUUAUUGUGGUGUAAUUUGCAUAGUGAAAGAACCAUUGAUAUUCAUAUUCUUUAGUCAAAUAAAACUACAUAUGGUGGUUUUGUUA